CCGGCGGCAGGUGUGGAUGGGGUGUGCUCCAUCCCGUCCAACCCACACACGGUUACCCCCACCGGACGCCCCUUUAACCUCUCACCACAAUCAUCAUGUUGCAUGGUGCUAAUAGAAUAUUCACUUGUUUUAUAUACUAAUACGCUACUCGCACUCUAUCUUCGUUGUCGGAUAUUGCAUUAUGGAAGAGGAUUGUGAAUAGGAAACAGUGAGUAGGCGGGUCUGAGCUAUAUCUGGGGUGUGUCGUCAGCGUGGCACCGCCCCUCAGUGGUGGCACGGUAGCGCCACUAGGCGCAGGCACCCCGCACUGGGUAUAAUUAGUGGUGAGACACAAGCCGUGAGGAAAGGAAGGAAAGGCAGGAAGGCAUUAGUGAUUCUCUGUGGUGAUCUAACAAGUGCUGCCUUAACAGCCAUGGAGACGUGCCUGGCGGGGCGCUAACGAAGCCAGUGAUCACAUCAAUAGUGCCAGGUGUGCUGAACCUGAGAACCUCAACAUGUCGGACACAGGGGGAGGUUCGGCCACCUCGCCCACGCCCGGGAUGUCGGACAGCGAAGGCGCGGGCGGAGGCGGGCGCACCAACUCAGCCUCGGGAUUGUCACGCACCUCAGGAACGAGUAGGACCUCCCUGGUGCCCCCAGCACCCACUACCACCAUCAGCACUAUUGCUGUGCAGUCCGGCACCACCAGGAUCGUCAUCGCCCUGCUACAGAGUGCAGAAUGGCUGGAGCUGAGGGUGGUGGAGCUGACGCCGGGAAUGGUGUACCUGGGCGCCAACCUGGAGGAGGCCACCCAGCUCUUGCACGCCCACGAGGACGUCCUCACCAAGCUUCAGGUAAGUCACGCUUGUCCUCUCUCCUUCUCCUACCUUGCUUGGUCAGGGUCACAGUCAGGUCCCGAUCAUCCUCUCUCCUCGCCCACCCUCCCUUGGUCAUGUCCACAGAUCCUGACCCUCUUCCCCUUCCUCUCUAGGUCAGGGCCACAGACAGGUCCUUCCUCCCCACAUCCCCCCCCCCUUCGUCUUCCUAGGAGAGCACAGCAGUACAGUGAUAGCAUGGACGCUGCUGAACGAGCUUACACCGACAAUGUGAUGCCCAACGAUGCCGAGGGAGCCAGGCAGCUGCUGUCAUCAUUACACGAUCACAAACGAGCAGUUCUCGAGGCCUCCAUGUACACCCUGCAAGAGGCACAGGCGCUAUUGGCACGUCUUAGAGGCUUGUCUUCUGAGGGUGCCACGCUCGACUCCAGACCCCUUCAUAUAAAGACUAACAUAGAGUUCGUUAACUUUGAGAGAAUUAUUAAUUUUUUCCCUACUCAGGAUCUAACAGAAGCUGUGACAGCUCUUAAGCAACUGCGAGAUGAAGUUUCACAACACCAGGGACUAGGAGAGUCACAAAGCAAUGCAGAGAUUCUCUACCAUGAUCACAUCAAGAGAGAAGUUGCAGCAAAGGAACAGCAAGACAGAUGUAUUAGGCUGCUGAAAACUGCAGAAAAUAUGGCUUCUGGAGGUCACUAUGCUGGAGUGGAAGCACGAUCAAGAGCAUACUCAGUUCUAGAAGCAGCCACGGCUCUUCAUGAAACCUGUGACACUCGUACUGCACUCCUACAGCAAGCCAUCCUCUUCUUCAGAUUGGCUCAGACUGCAUUAACAAAGCUCGACCAGGCUGAGGUACAAGUUGCAGGUCUUGGCCGAGAAGGACCACAGCGCCUCUCUCUAGUGUUGGGGGUUGUAGAGGAGGCUGUCCAACCUGCUCUGACAGAAGGGUAUGCCAUCCUUGAAGUCACUGGUGGCAGAAAUCAGCCUCAUAAUAUGGGUAUAUCAUUAGUGGUGGAAGAACUGGAACGCCGCCGUAGUAACUUGUCUUCCAUCUGUGUGUCUUCGACUGAACAAGUUCUCCAACGCACAGAACUCUCUAAUGCCUUCCUUGAACAGUAUAAUACUAUUGAAUCAUGGCUGGUUCGCAUUGGUGAUGCUUUCCUGCAAGGACAUCAGGAUCCAGGUGGCUCCCUCAGUCUUGCCAAAGACUUCCUUCACCUCCAUCAAACACUCAGUCAUGAUGUUAUGGAGAAGAAAAACGAAAUCGAUGCGCUUUCAACUUUCCUUGACAAACUCUUACCCGACUUGUCAGCAGAAGAAGGAACAGGCUAUCAAGAAAAAAUGCAGGCACUUCAAGAGCAUUGGGCAAUGCUAAAGAAACUCUUAGAUGUUCGUAUUAUAAUUAGUGAAAAGUAUGUUAAGUUCCACGAAGAUGCUGAGGCUGUGAAUAAUGCACAUGAAGCCCUUGAAUUACUCCUUAAAGAAGCUCAGGGAGAAGAUCGGGGUGCUGAGGUAGAAGCUAUGUGGGAACAAGUUCAGAAGCUGUAUCUUGACCUUUGUAACACAGGAAAAGCAUUCUGUCAAGAUGUUAGAAGUGCAGAGGAUCCUUACUUGGACUCAAAUCGUGCAGUGUUGUGUGUGGAAUCUAUACUGGAGCAUCUAGGCAAACGGCGUCUUGUUAUCACUGACUUGCAUUCUCACUUCCACAUGAAGAUUACUGCAACCAAAGAAAUGAUGGUUCUAUGGAAGACUUACAGAGAAAAUGUCAGUAAGAUGCAGUCUGAAAUGUCUCAAAUGGAAACAGAUUUCUGCCCACUCUUAAGAGGAAACACUGCAGACCCUGAAGGCAUGGCUAAUACACUGGAACAGAGACUAAACAUUUAUGUGUCUGCUGUAAAGAAAACUCAAGAAGAUAUUCAGAACAUGAUGACGAGAGCAGAAGUCAUGUCGUACAAAGGUGACGAUGGGGGUCAGCGUGAUGAAGUAAUUGGCUCCUUACUGCAGCUAUACCAGAAUCUACAGAAUAAAGCCACAGAAUAUCAAAUCUUGGGUCACAUGCUAAUACAGUGGUGUAGAAACAUUGCUGAGAUCCACCGUUCCUGUGACAAACUUGAAUCUCAGUUUAGCAGUGUAAGCCUUGAUAUUGGUGGUGUAGAAGGCCAGCUUAGAGAACAUGAGGCAUCGAAACAAGCAGUUUUGGAACUAAUGAAAUUUGCUCAAAAUGAAGCUGAUUCUAUAAUAUCCAAGAUUAAAGAUCAGUGUCCCCCUGAGGCUGGUGCCCAAGAUGUUGCUGUUAUUGAAGAGAUGCUGAAAAGACGGGGUAGAGAGUUUGAGACUGUGUGGCUUCAACAUCAAUACAUGCUAGAGAGACAACUGAAACGGUCACAGUAUCAUGUUGACCUCCAGGUGAUCAGUGACCAGCUGCGUGAUCUGAGUGAGCAGCUCAGUCGUAUGCGAGGUCAUUAUGGUGAUUCAUUGGCAGCAGCUACAAAUAUGCAGACUGCAUUCAAUCAGUUCCUGAUUACUGUUGAUAUGUUAGAAAACCGUAUUCAGACAUUUGUUAGUACAACCAUAAAGAUGUUGGGGCCAGAAGAUGACUCAGGAGAAGUACAAGAAGAUUUGGCAGAGUUGGAGAAAAAAUGGUCCACUUUCCAAAUGCAAGUUGGACAAUCCAAGAAAUCAAUAGAGCUUUCCAUAGUCUUUUACAAGCUUGUUGAAGAAGUAAGUUACAAAUACAGUACAGUACUGUUAUUUUGUAAUAAUUUGUGUUGCUUAGUACAUGUUCUGAUUGUGUUAUACUGUACAUUGAGCUUAUAUCAUUUCAAUGGAGAGUGUCUUUUUCUUUUCCAGGUUGAAGUUGUGAAUUACCAAAAUGCUCAGAUGUUAAAUAGUUUUACAGUUAUCAAUCGCAAUUUCAUUAUGAUGGUAGAAAAUUUGAGAGCUGCUGAAGAGCAUAGAGAAAAACAAAAGAGAGAGAAAGAAGAGCUAGCAGCUUCUCUUGCUGCUGCACAGGCUGAAGCAGAAGCUGCAAGAUUAGCAGCUAUUGCUGCAGAAGAAGCCAGAAAAGCAGCUGAAGAAGUAGCCAAGACUCUGGUUAUACCAGUAGAGCCAAUAGUACCACAAAGGGUGUGUAGGAAAAUGUUCUUUCAUUGUUUAAUUGAGAUUACUGAAAAUGGCAGAUUUUUUAUUUUUCAAAUGGAUGGCAGGGCGGGGCAAAAGUUCAAAUUGGAAUGCCAUGUGACAGGUUUACCAAGCCCUACUGUUACUUGGUUCCAUAACACCAAACCAGUCAAAGAAACUCCAGAUUGCAGGAUAACUUUUGAUGGUAGUAUUGCCACUCUGGUAAUGUCUGAGGCCUUCCCUAAGAAUGCAGGAACAUACACUGUAGUGGCCAAAAAUUCUGCUGGGGAAGGACAGUGUUCUGCAAAUGUUUCAGUAAAGGGCCGCAUCCCAACUGAGACGAGUGAUUCUGAGGUCACGUCUGACAUAGAUGUGGAGCCAGUGAAGCCGACAGUGCAGCUUCCUCUCAAGGAUACAACUGUUAAGGAGGGCAAAAGUGCCAGGCUUGAUUGUGUCAUUAUUGGACAACCAGAGCCUGAGGUAAUAUGGUAUCAUGAUGAUAAACCUGUCAAGGAAUCAAAUGACUUCAAGCUGCUGUUCCAUGGAGAUCGUUGCUCACUCAUUAUCCAGGAAGCAUUUCUUGAAGAUGCUGGCAUAUAUAGAGUGGUUGCCAUGAAUUCAGCUGGUGAAGCAUCAACAGCGUGUUUUCUGAAUGUUGAUCCAAUUCCUGAGCCAACUCCUCCUCCAGCACCUGAACCUCCUGCAGUAGCACCCAGAUUCUCUCAGUUACUGGUUGACAACCACGUCACGGAAGGAAAUCCCGUCACUUUACGUGCUACAGUCACAGGCCAGCCCAAGCCUACCAUUUCCUGGUUCAGGGAGAGCAUGCCACUUAUUCCUGAUAAUGAGCUACAGAUUCAUGAAAGCUCUGAUGGUAGUGUGAGUGCAACAAUCCAUGCUGCAACACUUGAUCAUACUGGUCAGUAUGAAAUUGUAGCCUCAAACACUGCAGGAACAGCCAAGUGUGUAGCAUACCUCAGCAUUGAGCCUCGACUGCCAACACCCCCACCUACCGAACACACCGAACCCCCAGUUUUUACCAAGCUUAUUACUGACACCACAGUCUUAUCUGGAGGCAGUGUUAAGUUUGAAGCUGAGGUUCAGGGGCUGCCUAUGCCCACGGUGAGUGACAGUAGUUCUUGCUUAAAGACAGUUUCUCAUGUUAUUGAUAAUUCAGAUAUUUCUGUUAUAGGCAGCGGUAACACUGAAGAGGCCAGGAAUCUGAAUUAUAUUUGCAUUGAAAAGUAUUCAAUUGAUGUUGAUGUACAAAAUGGUGAUGCUCAAGAUCUUGGUGAUGCUGACUUGGGAAUUGACGCAGGUGCUAAUAGUAGCAUGAAUGUUUUGGGGAAAGAUCAGUUUGCUGAUAUGAUGUUAAAAUUCAGUCAGUUGGGUUGUUUUCCUCUUUCUAAUGAUUAUCACAAUGAACAAAAGAAUAAUAAAACAAUUCAAGAAGAGGAGAAAGAUGCAUGUAAUAAACAUGAAAGCAUUAGUAAAUUAUCAAAAUUUCAUGACAUGAAAAUAUUAGAUUUUGACACAUAUUCCCGUUUCAUGAUGGAAAACAUUGUUGUUUAUGGUUCUCUUGAUGACACUGGAGAACCAGGAUCUGCACCAGAGAUAGAUCAAUUUUGUAAGUUCAAUGACAUUGAAGUUAUGCCUGCAGAAGAUUACUCUAAUCUGAUUGUAUCUGACUGUGAGUCAUCAAAUAGCUCAAUAGAAAGCAUUGCAGCUGAUGAAAGAGAUAAGCGUAGUGAUACAUUGUCCCCACCGCUUGAAUCUGGCAUUUAUAAAACCUCUUGCUUCCUUGAUACUGGAAUUAGUGAAUCCCUAGAACCAGUGAAACUUGCUGAUUUGUGGGAUCUAAUUAAGGAUAGAAUACCUAAUUCAGAUGUGGAUAACGAGAAUCAAGAUAAAGUGAAUAAGAGAGAUUUAUCCUGGGAAAAUGAUACUGACAGUAAUAAAAAAUCUUCAUCUCUAAGUUCUGAUUUAGAGCCUGAAUCAGGAUAUUUCUCAGGGACAUUCUCUUCACAUACUGUUAGUUCAGAAUCUUCUUUUGGAUCUCCAAGGUCUGGUAGAUCUAAGAGAAAUAGUUACACUUUUUCUUCCGAAGAAGAACCUUCAAGAAUAAGCAGCCCAAGUGAAGAUAAAUUGAUGGUUUAUUCUGCUGUCUCUGGAAAGAAUGUUGAUGAUAAUUGUACAGUAUUGUGUAAUUUUUCAAGUGAAAGCCCUUCUUUAUCUAAUAUUUCUAGGCAUGGUUUAGAUAUUCCCUCAAGUGUGUCAUCAAAGAAUAUGAAUGAAAAUGGAAAUUUUUUGGAUUCAUGCUUAACUGCAAGUGUAAAAGUUUGUGAUGAAUCUACAAAGACAUGUGACAAAGAAUGUAAAUCCAUCAUUGAUGAGGCUCAAACUGAGAAUGAUUUUAGGAAUGAUCCUAGUAAUCAUGCACUUUUAAUAAAUAGUGAAAAAAGUGAAGAUGCUUUCACUUCAAGCAAUGACUUAUCCUUAGAUAUUUCUAAUAUUCAUAUGUCAUCUGGAACCACUAUGACAGAACCAGAAGAUGAUGAAGAAAUUCCUCUGUACAAGUUACCUAAGAAGUGUGCAGCAGAGAGAGAGCACAUAUGUGGUAAUAUAGAAAUUGCUGUAAAUCGAUAUCUUACUCCAUCUCCUGAGUAUAUUUCUGAAUACCUAAGAUGCCCUAGUAGUUUGUCUGUAAUAUCAGAGGAAAGUUAUGUUUCAGAUUAUGAAGAUAUUUCUAAAGGUAGUAAUGACUCAAAUAAUAAUGAUGACUUUCCAGUGAAAUCUCUUCAGUUUGAUAUUUCAAGGUCUGAAUUUGAUGUGCAAAGGGAAAAUCUCUGUGUUGUCUCUGAAAAUUCCCAUAUUAAAGAUGAAUUAUCAUUAAUCACUGGUGACUCAGACAAGCAUGAGAUUGAGAGACGAGCAAGACGAGCUGCUCGUUUAACAAAGCUUCGAGAAUUAACAAAGAUAUUACAAACUCCUUCGAAAAUAUCCAAAACUUAUCCUGGGACAGCAGCCCACUCUGAUUUUAAUCCUCAGAAUGAACCAUUUAAUUUACAUACCUGUCCAUCUGUUGAAAAGUUAGAAAGUGCCGAACAACUGAUAGUCGAUUUUGGGGAUAAACAGUUGAACAGAGAAGCCACUGAUCUACAGUCAGUGGAAUCUGGCAGUCUUAAAGAGCCAAGCAAAGCCUUUUUAUUUAUAAUUAAGACAGUUGAACGACUCUCUCAACUGGAAAUAAAAAAGAUGAUCAUGGAAAGACUUAGGGCAUUAAUUGAAGCAGGACAGUCAUUUAUCAGAGCCUAUGUAUUCCCAUUUUCUCAUGCUACUUUUAUCGAUCUUACUAAUCCAUCUCUGAUGUAUCAGUCACUUAAUCCCUUAACCUCAGAGACUGCCCACAGUAUGGUGUUUGAGACAUGUCUUCAUGCAGCAAGAGGCCAGGGAGCCAUCCUAGAUGGAGAGUGUAUAGAUCGAGAUGCAGCAGAUAUAAUUCAGGCAGGCUAUUAUCUUAUUUAUAUUUUGUAUUAUAAAGACAGUGAUGAAACAUCUAAGGAUACAGUACACUGGACACUGAAUGAUUGCCCUAUCACUGGUCAAGAAUACCUGCGCGGUCAUUUGCAGUAUGUGUUGGGAAGCAGUGGGAAUAUGCAUUCCUUGGAGCUGCCCACAACUUCUGUGAUGCAGGCUGGUAGAGUUGCUGUUAUUGCAGAAAACUCUGUAGGGAAGGCUGUGUCUGCUGCCACACUCAACAUUGUUGAACCUGCAGGGUCAGAAGUAGAGCCAGCCAUGCCAGCAGUUCAUCAGACAACAAGAGAGGAGAGCCAUGUCUCCUCUAGCACCUCAUCAACAACAGUGUUCCAGAAGAGCACUGUCAUGGAGUCUAGCCACUUUACCAAAGUGGUGUCAGAUGGUACCACUGAUGAGAAGAGACAUAGCAUGGCUGCCACCUCCACCUCUCAUGUUCAGAAGGCUACAGGGCAGCCAACUGUCGAGGUCCAUGGUGCCCACUUGCAGGAGAUGAGACAGGAGGGAACUGCUCCACCAGUAAUCUGUGACAAGGUGAGUCUGGUUAAGAGAGAAGGUGAAAUAGUCACUCAGCAGAUCAGCCAAGACACAAGCACUGCUGCAUUCUCGCCACCUGCCAAGAAAAUUCUAAUUUCAAAGAAGAAGUCAAUGCCGGCAAGAUUUGUUGCUCCACUUCAAGGUGUUAUCACUAAGGAGGGUAGUCAAGUCACACUUGAAUGUAUCAUUGAUGGUUUCCCUGACCCAUCAGUAACUUGGACCCAUAAUGGUGGACCACUGAGUGAAGAUGCACAAGUGAAGACACACCUUAACAAGACUGCUGUGAUCAUUCCAAGAGUGAACCAGAGUCACUCUGGACACUACACCUGUCUGAUAGAGAAUGAAACUGGUUCAGCUCAGUGCACCUGUGAUGUCAUUGUUAAGAAGACUCAGUUCCCACCUGUAAUUUCAAAAAGACUGCAGCCUGCUGUGGUAGGCGUGAAUGAACGUCUUCAUUUAGAGAUUGAUGUUACUGGUACUCCCUCACCAGACGUGUCAUGGACAAAGGAUGGCCAGCCAAUUAGAGCCAGUGACCAUAUUGCUUUGAAAUCAGAGGGUACUAGGCACUUGUUAGUUAUUCAACUAGCCGAGCCAGGGGACUCGGGUAGAUAUGGUGUUAUUGCAUCCAAUCCUGCUGGUCGUGCAGAGUCUUUGGCUGAUGUCAUGGUAACUCAGCUAAUUCUCGACAAAGCUCCUCCUACACACAGAAUGAUGUUCACAGAUGUUACUGAUGAAGCUAAGAGAAAUAUCGAAUCUGUUGAAGAAGGGCAUGUGAAAACUAUAAAACGAGCUAUAGAGGAAGUUGCAGUAGAGGCACCACCUUCCUCUUCCCCAGCAAAAAUCCUCAAGGCUCCUGUUCCUAAGCCUUCUUUUGAAUUACCCACUACCCCUCAGGCCCCUCCAAUACCUGUCAAUGUUCCACAAGCCCCUCUUGAGCCAAUGAGGGAAGAGGAACUGGAGGUAAAACGACUUCCAGGCAAACUGAAGAAGGCAUGGCCGCCACCGCCACUUUCUGAUGAUGAAGCUGAUCACAUACCAAAAAUUGACACCAGUGUAGAGAUAACCUCUCAUAAUGUGUCUUCUAUUAUUUCAUCAUUUUCAGCCACCAGUGAAAUGCAGUCAUCAUAUAUAAGCCACACAGCUGUUCCAAAGCAACCUUCAAAGCCUAAACCACAGCCAAAGCUUCCAGAUGAGCUGAAUAUUGAGCUUGAGCCAGAACCAGCUCCUGAGUAUGGCUUUAUACCUCCCUCAGAACCUAUGGUGAUAGAAGAACCAGAGCCUGAGUUGCAACAGGAAAUUACCCCAGCAAGUCAACCAGAUGAGGGUUACACUCCACUGUUGGAUCCAAUGCUGGUGACUGAACCAGAGCCAGAUUUGCAGCACAAAAUUAUCCCCACAAGCCAGCCAGAUGCAUAUUACAUGCCACCAUCAGAGCCCAUGCUGGUUCCUGAACCAGAGCCGGAAUAUCUUGUUGCACAGUUACCUGAGCCAGUACAUGUACCUGAACCGCACAUUGAAUCUUUACAAACAUAUAAAUCACACAAGAUAAAAGAUGUGAUGGUAGCUGAACACUUCGAGUCUGGUUCUCAGCUGAGACAAGAGUACAAGAGAGUAUCUGCUCCCAUUGUAGAAACAUACAAGAUUCUAUCUCCUGUUCCUGAGGUUGUACCUGAACCUGUUCCAACUCCAGAACCAUGUAAAGCUAUAGCUCAGGAACAGUUUAAGGCUGCAACUCCAGAGCCACCAAGAGUUCCAUCCCCAGAGCCACCCAAAGUUCCAACCCCAGAGCCACCCAGAGUUCCAACCCCAGAGCCACCAAGAGUUCCAACUCCAGAGCCACCAAGAGUUCCAACCCCAGAGCCACCAAAAGUUCCAACCCCAGAGCCACCAAGAGUUUCAACCCCAGAGCCACCCAGAAUUCCAACCCCAGAACCACCCAGAAUUCCAACUCCAGAACCACCCAGAUUGCCAAGUCCAGAACCACCCAAAGUUCCAACCCCAGAGCCACCCAGAGUUCCAACUCCAGAACCACCCAAAGUUCCAACUCCAGAACCACCUAAAGUUCCAACCCCAGAACCACCCAGAGUUCCAACCCCAGAGCCACCCAAAGUUCCAACCCCUGAGCCUCCUAGAGUUCCAACUCCAGAGCCACCCAAAGUUCCAACACCAGAGCCACCCAAAGUUUCAACACCAGAGCCACCCAAAGUUCCAACCCCAGAGCCACCCAAAGCUCCAACACCAGAGCCACCCAAAGUUCCAACCCCAGAGCCACCUAAAGUUCCAACCCCAGAGCCUCUUAGAGUUCCAACUCCAGAGCCACCCAAAGUUCCUUCCACUGUUACAGUAGUAGAACAGAUCACGAAAGAAUCUUAUCAAGAACCCAAAAUAGAAAAAGAGGUGAAAAUGGAAACUAGUUCAGUUGAAACAAGUUUUUAUGAAUCCAAAAAAUCCUUAUCUAAAACUAGUUAUUCAACAGUGGAGACCAAGGUUUAUACAACCGGACUGUCAAGUCCUCCUGUUGAGCAGGUUGUAAAUGCACAAGAUGUUAUUUUGCAUCCCAGUCCUCUUGAACCAUCAUUUGAGAUCAGUGGUGCACAGGACCUUAUUAUUUCUGAAUCGGCUGUUGAAUCUUUGCCAGUGCAAGCACCUGAUGCAGUGGUAGUGGAUAAAAAAUUGCCUUCAGAAGAUGACUUAUUGGAGUACUUUGUCCCAGAAAGUGAGCAAGUAAUUGAAUUCAUACCAACUCCUGAACCAGUGCCCAGAGAACCAAGUCCAGAACCUGAAUCAAGUAUAUCUGAACAGGCAUUUUCAUCUAGACCUGAAGUAGGUUACAUUAGUGAUAUGAAACAUGAGAAAUUUCCUUCAGAUGUGUCAGCAUCUUUAAUAUCAUCAUCAGUAGGGAGAGAAAUGCAAACAAUGUUUGUCUCAUCAUCAAAUGUACAAACAAAAGUGUUUUCCCCAUUACCUCCACAAGAAACAGUGGAGCCAACUACACUAGAGUCCCAAAAACCAGAACGUCAACCUCUUCAGCCACUUAUAAUGCCUGACUACCACCAUCCUGAGCAGGAAAACAUUGAAGAAUCCAUUAAGCCCCCAAAACGUCCAGAGCGUGAUGAAGUAAAAGAACAAAGGAAACCAAAAAAGAAACGCGAAUCUGUUAUUCAGCUUGCAAAAAGAUUAGAAGAAUCUAUUCCAAUGUCUCCAGACGAGGUACCUGGUGGUGUUCGUAUGUUUCCGAGUCCAAAGCAACCUUCUACUCCUGUUCGUGAUGUACCUACUCCAACUCGAGAAACUCUAUCUGCAGAAGAUAAAAUGUUUGCAGACUUAAAAGGAGAAAAAUUUCCGGAGCUUGAACCUUUUCCAUUUACUGUGGAAGAAAGGCCAAGAAAAGAACGACCACGCAGUUUGCCUCCUCCCAUGCCACGGAAGUUUAUUCCUGGAUCCUUCACAGAUAGUGAAUAUGAGAGUGAUAUGGAAACUGAACACAGAAUCCAGCUUAAGAAAAUUAAAUUUGAAGUUCAGGAACCAACACCACGUCCAGCUUCAGCUGGAGCCGGACAAGAAAUACUUCCUCCAUCAGCCUUUGACACUCCUCCAGUUUUUGAAGGUGGAAUGAGACCUGAAAUCUUGAAAAAGGAGGAAGUAGUUAAAAAAGAACCAAAAUCUAUUACACCAAAGAAAAAGACAAAAAUCGUUGAAAAGUUUUUGGCUACUGCAGGUAAGAGCACAGAGCAAGAGAUAGCAAAGCCAGUUCCAAAGAAACUGACCAAGAAGGAUACGAAGCCCCCAAAAGCAGUAGAAACUAUAGAGAAACUGCCGCAACUUAUUGUUGAGGAAAAACAUGUCGGGAAACCCUCACCAAUAGUGCCAGAGCAGAUUGAUAUUGAAUUUGCAGGAGUAAAAUCACCAGGAAAGUUAGUUAAAUCUUGGCCCCCACAACCAGAUUCUCAAUUAACUAAAUCAUUAAAAAUGGAUAGAAGUUUUGUUACACAGCAGCAGACAUCUUCAGUGUCCUCAUUCUCUGAAACUAAAACACAUAAAUCUUCUGUGAGUUAUGAAACAAAAGAGUCUAAAGUGGUGAACUAUUCACACCACACUUCUAUUCCUGUCUCUGCUGUUGUCCCAGAAUGUGCUCCUGAGCCUGCCCAUCAAGCAGAAUCCAUACCUGAAUACAUACUUCAGCCAGAACCUGCACCAGAGUAUAUUCAGCCAGAACCUACACCACAGUAUAUUCAGCCUGAACCUGCACCAGAGUAUAUUCAGCCAGAACCUGCACCUGUGUAUGUUCAACCAGAACCUGCACCAGAGUAUAUUCAGCCAGAACCUGCACCAGAGUAUAGUGUUCAACUAGAACCUGCACCAGUGUAUGUUCAUCCAGAACCUGCACCAGUGUAUGUUCGUCCAGAACCUGCACCAGUGUAUGUUCAACCAGAACCUACACCAGAAUAUAUUCUUCAACCAGAACCUGCACCAGAGUAUAUUGUUCAACCAGAACCUGCACCAGAGUUUAUUGUUCAACCAGAACCUGUGCCAGAAUAUAUUCUUCAACCAGAACCUGUACAAGAAUAUGCUGCUCAGCCUAAACCAGCAACUGUGUCAGCUCCAGAACCUUUGGUUGAGGUUGUUCCUGCACCUGGAUUCAGAUCAGUGAGAGCUCCUACAUCGAAAACUACAAAAAUAAAGUCAUCUCCUGCACCCCCACCACCAUUUGACAUGACUCCUCCAGAAUUAUCAGCAGUUUCAAAAUCUGUCAAGUCAGAAGCAAAAACAACUAUUGUAACAAAAACUGCACAUGAAUCAGUAGUUACACAAGACAAAAAAACAGUAAGCAAACCUACUGUUCAAACUAUGACUAAACCCAUGGUUAAACCUGUAACUAAACCCAAAGUCAAACCUGUAACUGAACCCACAGUCAAACCUGUAACUAAACCCACAGUCAAACCUGUAACUGAGCCAACAAUCAUACCUCUACAGAAGCCUGAGCCUCCAUCUCAGUCAGUAUCAAGACCCCUGUGGAUUAGCAAAAAAGUAGGUGCUUGGCCACCUAGUUCUCAUGAUGAAACACCAAAUGCCAUUCCCACAUUGAAGACACGCUCUCAAUCUGCAGAACGACCUCGUGUAACAGAGUCUGCAACUCUUCCUGCAAGGCCUCAUGAAGCUCCACCUGCAAUAUAUUGGUCAAGUAAUGUCACACUUCAAGAGAAAAGAAUGUUAGGGCUUCAGGUAGUUCCUCAAGUGGAAACAGUCACUUCUACUACAGUUCAAGAAUCAAGUUCCAUGACUUCUAGACAGAUGAAAAAGAUGUCACAAACAUCUACAAAACAGAUUAAGACUGAUAUGACAGUACAGCAGAGGAAACCAACACCAGUAUCUGUGCAGAGUUCAGUUCCAUCUUUUAAGAAACCAAAUAUUCAGCCAAAGAAGGAAGUCUUUGUAAAGUCAUCUGCUCCUUCUAGGGAGAUUUCUGUUGUGUCUCCACUUAUACAGCUUCCUCCACUAGAACCAUUCCCAUUUUCAGUAGAACUUGAGAAAGAGAAAAAGCCUAGAGGAAAGGCACCAUCUAUGCCUAAAAAGUUUUAUCCUGGUUCAUUUACUGAGAGUGAGUAUGAAAGUGAUUAUGAUUCAAAAUCAGGAUCUUAUAGCAGACUGUACAUGAGUGACAGUGAAGCAGUGGGCUAUAGACCAAUGAAUAUUAAAAUGAAAAAAGGGAGAACAAAGAAGCCAAAGCAACCUUCCCCACCUCCACCAUCAACAUUUGGUCCUCCACCACCUUUUGAAACCAGACUUUUGCCAUUAAGCUUGUGUUUCUCAGAUGUAGAAUCUGAUAUUCCAACAUCAAGGGAGAGUACCCCAGUUCCUAGAACAGUAAUAAGUCAAAGUAAACAUAUAAUUCAUUCAGCAAAAUCUUUAGCUUCACAGAUAACUCCUGAAAAUAAACCCGUAAAACAACAAGAAAGGUUUAUUCAGAAGAAAGCUCCAAUAAUAACUCCAGCUCCAGCACCUAAGGUUACUCCACUCAGUCCAACCAAACCAUCUCCUGCUGUUGCUUCUAAGGUGCCUACUGUAACAUCAAAACCAGCAACUGUUACUAUAUCAAAGACAGUGAAGGAACCACCAGGAACACAGAUGACAAAAAGUGUUUCAUCAGUAACUUCUGCAAAGAAUAUUCAUACUAAUGUUCAGCAUGUAACUUCAGAGAAGCAUGUUCAAAUUACAGAGAAGCAAGAGAGAGGAGUAAAAAGCAUGAAGAAAAUGUUUGAGGGUAGUGGUCCAGUUCCUGUACCACAAGGCAUCAUAACGUCUCCACAUGUUCCAGUCCCUUCUGUUGUUGGGAUAAAGCCACUUGUGUCAUCCACUGGAGUUAAACCAGUCCAAAUACCCACUACAGCACCAAGUACUGCCCAAGUCUCCCAACCAAGUGAAGCAUCUGUCAGAUAUAUCCCUGUUGCUUGUGAAACCAAUGGGACAGAGAAAGUCACAAGUUCAAAUAAUAUAAAAGCAAAGCCUUCUUCACCAAAGUCAAGAAAGAAGAUGGAGAAUACCCAGAUAACAGCUCAAGAAUUGGAAGAAAGUGGUUAUGCAGCGGACACUGAAGGAACUCUUCCUCGGCGUAGUACUAAGACCAGCCAGUCUAUGAAUUCAUCUAACUUCAGUUCUUCAUUUAGCAAAAGUGAAAGUUUUAUGUCUUCAUCAUUCUCCAAGAGUGAAAGUAAAAGCUUCACAAGCUCUGAGUUUGGAAAAGUAGAACCUCCAUCAUUUGCUUCUGGCUUUGGCAUACCUGCAAGUGAUGGCUUUCCCCCAGAAGGUGGUUUUCCUUCAGGUUCCUUUUCCUUCCCUUCCACCCCAGCUUCUUCAGUAGGCCAGACCUCGCACUUCUCCAGUUCAUUCAAGUCGUCUGAAAGUAAAUCUUCCCAGAUGUUUACUAGCAGGUCAGAGGAAAUUCAUGAAGAAAGGCGAGGGGGUGAAGGCCCAAAGACAACAAAAGCAGCAGCACCACCACCACCACAACAAUCAGAGAAGAAACCAAAACAAAAAUAUGAAGAAUAUAGGAAAGAGACAAGGGGAAAGCCCGGUACAUCAAGCCCUUUCUCCGAGGACACAUAUUAUGCCAUGAAGGAUGAAAGUGAUGUUUCAACAGGUUCAUCCAGGACCCAAAAGAAGGUUGAAUUCAAGAGUGAAACACAUGUAGAAAUCAUGUCGGAUAAGAAAGUGGAAGUUUUUGAGAGCACAAGUGUAGAUGUUUCUCCACAACCAUCAAGAAAACAGGCAGUUAAAGUAGAGCAGAAAAUUGACAAAAAGACAAUUGAACCAAAAAUUGAGAAAUCAAAAGAAGUUUCUAAAUCUUUUAAGCAGUUUAAGGAAAUUAAAAGACCAGAAUCUCAAGAUUUAAAAAAGUCAGAGACUACAGUUAAAAGAGGAGAGCAUGUGACACACAUGCAGGUAACAAAAUCAGGUGUGCUAACAAAGCCUGUUGAAAAGUGUAAAACAGAUGGAAAAUUGAUAGAGAGUGUUCAGGUAGAUUCUGAGCUUAAAGUAAAACAAAUAAAAAAGUCCCAACAUGAAAAAGUAACAAAAGUGCCUGAAAUUCAUCCUCUUAAAUCUACAGGGCUUGUAAAACAGGCUGUUACUCAGCAGGUAAAAGAGAAAGAAGAGCUUGAUCUAAAACCUUUUCCAUUCAAGGUUGAACCUGAAAAACCUAAAAAGCCGAGAGGGGCUGUACCACCUCAGCCAACCAAGUUUGUAAAGGGAGAAUUCCACGAGAGUGAUUAUGAAAGUGACUAUGAGGGUCGUAUUCCACCAAAGUGGAAACCGUCAGACAGUGAUGCUGAAGAUCAAGGUUAUAGAAAAAUUAAGGUUUCAGUUGGAACACCAAAAGUUUCUCAGCCUCGUAUCAGAACACCAACCCCUCCAACAGUCUUUGAUGAGCCUCCACAAUUUGAAGGUCCUCCAAGGCCAAAGGUUGAUUUUCCAGAGUCUGAAACUGAAUAUGAACGGGAAAUAUCACCAGAGAUAAUUAUUCCAGAAAAAGUUGAAAUUUUAAUUCAUCCAGAACCACCACUAGUAGUGCCAAAGGAACCAAAAAUUUUUAAAUCACAACUCCAGAAAAAAGUAGCUCCUCCUAAAAGAUCCCCAUCACCAGUGUUAAAGCCUGGAUCACCACCUGUGGAAGAUUAUGUGCCACCACAGGCAGCAAAAUCGGCAUCAUUUUCUAAUGCUAUUGGUGUUGAGUCAACCAAAAUUACAAAACUAGCAGAUUCUAGUAAACAUCACCAGCGGUUUUUAACCAUGCAACAGACUACACGUGUUAUCAAGUUUACUGAUGCCCGAUCAACUACCACAACAGAGGCUCAAGAAUCAAGAUCAAAACCUUUGUUUAAAGAAGAACCUAAACAAAAACCUCUUCCAGUUCUGGAACCUUUUCCCUUUUCUCCUGAGCCAGAAAGGCCAAAGAGAGAGAGAGGUGCCCCACCACCCAAGCCUAAAAAGUUUCAAAAAGGUGAGUUUACUGAAAGUGAUUACGAGAGUGAUUAUGAAGGCCACAUCAAGCCAAAAUGGCAGCCUUCUGACAGUGAUGUAGAAAUUAGCUAUAAUAAAGUGAAACCAUGCCUUCAAUCUGACAGAACCCCUUCUAAGACUAGAGAACGAACACCCACCCCUCCUACUGUCUUUGACAGUCCACCUGAAAGUGGUGGACCAUGGAGACCAAUCAUUGAACCCCCAGAACCAGUUACUCAGAAGGAGCCAAGCUCUGAAGUUUUAAUUACUAAAGAACUGCCAAAGAAAAUUGAACCUCCAAAGAAAAUCACAGUAAAGAUACCUGCAAAAGUAGAAUAUGUAGAGAGGUCAGUGUCUCCUCCCCUCCCUUCACCAGGGCCCACCCCUGAAGAAGGUAUAAUUGUUCAAGAGACUCAGUAUGUUGUUGAUAAGGUUGACCUUAAGUCAAGAGUAAUAGCUCCUCCCAUGAAAGAGAUUCAAACAUACAAAGUUAAGCCGUACACAAAGAUAACUGAAAGAACAGAAAAAACUAUUACAAAUUUGAAACUAGAAGAAGAACUACGAAUAAAGAAAGAAAAGAAAGAAACUAAAAAGACAAUUAUCACAGAAAGUGAACAAGUCCCAACCCAGUUCCCACCACCAGCAAAAUCAGAACAGUUAACUAUAGAAACUGAAAAGUUCCAGGACCUGGAACCGUUCCCAUUUGAACCAGAUAAAGACAAGCCCAAACGGCAAAGAGGACCACCUCCUCCAAAGCCUAAAAAGUUUAUUAAGGGUGAAUUUAGGGAGAGUGACUAUGAUAGUGAUUAUGAGGGUAGAGUUCGUCCCAAGUGGAAACCACCUGACAGCGAUGUGGAAGACCCAGAGUAUACGCCAGUUAGACCACCCCCACCAACAGAAAGGCAUUCUUCCAAGAGCAAGGAACGUACUCCCACACCCCCUUCUAAGUUUGAGGUUCCUCCUGCAUCAGGAGGCCCUUUACGCCCAACAGUUGAUCCUGUAGAUAAACAUGUAGUGUUUGUGAAAGAGCCGUCGCCUGAAAUUAUCAUACCAAAAGUAAAGGCUCAACCUAUUUCUAAAAUUUCCAAGAUAACACCAAAAGCACCUGUUUUAAAACCUAAGGAACCAGAACCACAGAUACCCAAGAUACCAUCUCCUCCUCUACCAGAACCUGGGCCUCAACCAUUAAUUGGUUAUGUUCAAGUUAAAGCACCACCUAAAACAGAAGAAAAAGAUGAUGUUCAUAUUAAAAUGAUAAGAAAAAAAGUAGAAGCUAAAAAGGGCUUUCAGAUUGAUAUUGAUAUUACCGAUAUAUAUGAUUUUGUUUCUGAAUCAGAUCAUGAAAGACGUGAAAUAGAACAUAGCCAGACUAAACCCUUGCCAAAAUUGGUACCAUUUCCUUAUGAACCGGAUCCUGGUAGACCUAAGCGACAGCGAGGCCCACCUCCACCCCAACCAAAAAAGUUUAUGAAAGGAGAAUUCAGAGGUAGUGACUAUGAAAGUGACUAUGAAACUCCAAUUGCUCCCAAGUGGGCUCCUCCUGAUAGUGAGGGGGAGGAGCAUUUUUAUCGACGAGUUGCUCCUCCAGUUGGUGAAAUAGGGAAGCAACGAAGUGAAUCAUCUGGCAGGGACCCUUCACCCCCAUCCAAGUUUGAUCAGCCGCCUCACUUUGAAGGACCACCUCGCCCAGUUUUAGAGCUUUCAGAUCUACCAAGAAGAGAAAGAAGAGAGUCCUUAGAGGAGUACUCUAUCCCGAGAUUCCCAAUGGUUGAGUUUAAACCCUUUGAUCUAGAGGAUGAUGUCAUUGUUCAUCCUCAGGGAGCCAUCACAACAGACACAGAGACCGAAACAGAAUCACAUACCAAAGAAGGCAUUGAUAGAAGAUACGUUAAAUCAACACAAAAGGUAGUAAGUCACCAGUUUGAGGACAUGACUCAGACAUUCCGCCACAAAGCACAAAAAUUUGCUGAGCAGUUAGUGACAGAGGUAUUUGCUGCCAGGGAGGGCUCAGUGCCAGCUGAGCCAGCAGGUGAACCUCCAUCACUUCCUGAAGAGCUGAGAACACGUUCUGUCUCACCAGACUCCACUGCCAUGCCUCCAUCUACAACAGCUGCUUAUGAGGCUCUGUCACCAUCUACUCAGGAACCUCAAGCAUACAGAGAUGAAUCUAGAAUUUCUGAAUUUGGCACGAAACAUAUUGACCCAGAGACAGGUCUUAUCUACUUCAAAUAUGACUUUGGCUAUGAAUUUGGUGUAAUCCUACCCGGAGAAGCAAAGAAGGUGGAUAAGACAAAACAACUAAAUGGAGAUCAUAGUAAUGACAUCCCUAUUCCUGUCAUUCACGAAAAAACUGAUGCUUUUGCUAAAACUGGCAAAGAUAUUGCUAAGACCAAUGGUCAUGUACCUCAUCUGGAAACUACUGGCCCUCAGAAUGCACCAGCUAUAUUAAUUGAAGAUGCUGCAUCAAGAAAAGGCAGUUCUACCCAGACUCCUAGAACAGAUCACGUUUCUCCUCAACCAUCACUGCAGUCUGACAUCUCUGAAACCGACCGUGAGUAUCAACAGUAUAUGGGCAAGAUGAUUCCUGAAUUUGUGCCCAAGAAGCAGGCCCAAUUUCGCCCCAUCUCUGGUGACCCAUAUUCAGACAGUGAAGCAGAGUCAGAUCACCCAAGCCCAUCAAAGAUUGCAGAUUCGAGUCCUGGUAUCCAUAUGGGUCCCAAGAGUUUUGUGCCUCUGGUUCCUGGUGCAACUGUUCACCCCAAGCCACUUCCUUUUCAAGGAUCCUCAGCUGAUGCACUCUGCACAACAGACCUGGGAGUACUUGGGUCCCCUCUCAGCGCUACACCCCCUUCCACGCCUUCCACACCUCAUUCUGGUCCCCUAACACAGCCCACACGACCGCCACAUUACAUCACGCCACUACGCGAUCUGGCAGUAGUGUCAGGAGAGGUACUGCGCCUAGAAUGCGUAGUGCAGGCGGACCCACCCGUACAGGUGACAUGGUCCAAAGGGGGCAGCAUCCUCCAGAAUGGACCAGACUACCAGAUAGUCUACAGAAACGGUGUUUGUAGACUCAUCAUUCCCCAGGUCUUUCCAGAGGAUGAAGGAGUAUUCACGUGCACUGCUGUUAAUCUACUUGGGAUGGACUCCACUAGUGCUACUGUCUGCAUCACAGGUGAGAAGAAGUAAUCUUCAAGACGAGUUGAGUCUCCUUCUGCUACUACUGCUGCGGGUACUUCUGAUGCUGGGGCUGCUACAGUCUUCUGUCAAAGACUUGUAUGGUGGUGGUGGUAUUGUAGUAAUGAAUGAUUUCAGUGCUAGAUAUUUCUCUAUGUAAGCUCUCUGUCUUUAAUUAAGUCAGUUUCACUCCUCUUAAUCUGGCCUGGGUACUGUUUUACUUUUAAGUUCUAUUAAUAUAAGAAACUAAAAUAAUUAGUAUGUAAAUGUAUCAGUUUUGUAAUUGGUGUUGGUAAUGGCAUUUGAAUUUUGUUUUACCAAAAUAAUUAUUUUAGAGAUGUACUGUAUUACAAUUAGGUAUCAGAACUUUAGAAAAAUUCUUUUCCUCACACUGGAUUGUAAAGAUAAACAGUGAAAUGCAUUUAGAACACAGAAUAUUUUAAAGGUCACACACAUGAUAAGAGGUCAUUUUAAA